CAUUUUAUGGCAAUAAAGCGACUUAGCGCCUGCUGAGCGAGCCCCUCCCCGCCGCCGCCCCCGCCCUCGGCCCCACCCCAGGGCUCGCCCGCAGCGGCGGGGCUUUGUUUCUGGGGAGGAGGACCCGGAGCUCUUUUGUUUGGGGGUUUUCUGUUUUCACCCCUACCCCACCCUACACACACCCCAACCUCACCCCACCCCGCCCCAACCCCCCGCGCCUCUCGGAUUUCCUGAGCUGCGGGCUGCAAAGGGAGGAGAGCGGCUUCUUGCAACCCCCUCGGCUGGGCCCCGGGGUAAUUCGAUGCGGGCCUGGCGAGGCUCCCCACGUUAGACCUGGGCUCCCGUCUCGACAGCCUCCACCCACCGGCCCACCCUACAUUUAGCGCAUCAUGUGAUCUGGUGUGAAAAGAAUACAAUACCAACACCACCUUAUCCUCAGCAUGAACUAAGAACGAGAAGUCUUCGUGCACUUGGAUCCCUAUCAAGAGUCCAUACUUCUCAUUGGUUUCAUACUCCUCAUGUCUGUGGGAAGUCAUAGAUGUAAAUAAGUCCAGAAUCUCCACACCCUUGAGAACAGAAUGCUAAUGCUUGAUGGGAUGCCGGCCGUCAGAGUCAAAACAGAGCUGUUGGAAUCUGAACAAGGGUCUCCAAACGUCCACAACUACCCCGAUAUGGAAGCUGUUCCCCUGUUGCUAAAUAAUGUGAAAGGGGAGCCCCCAGAGGACUCAUUGCCUGUAGAUCACUUCCAGACACAAACUGAGCCAGUGGACUUGUCAAUCAACAAAGCCAGGACCUCCCCUACCGCCGUUUCAUCCUCCCCAGUCUCCAUGACAGCGUCUGCCUCCUCACCUUCUUCAACUUCAACCUCCUCCUCAUCUUCUAGCCGUCCAGCCUCAUCCCCCACCGUUAUAACAUCAGUAUCUUCAGCAUCGUCUUCGUCAACAGUGUUAUCUCCAGGACCCCUCGUUGCCUCUGCCUCUGGCGUGGGCGGCCAGCAGUUUCUACACAUCAUUCAUCCUGUCCCACCUUCCAGUCCCAUGAACUUACAGUCUAACAAACUCAGUCAUGUUCAUCGCAUCCCUGUGGUGGUACAGUCGGUGCCGGUUGUCUACACAGCCGUCAGGUCACCUGGAAAUGUGAACAACACUAUUGUUGUGCCACUCCUGGAGGAUGGGAGAAGCCAUGGCAAAGCACAAAUGGACCCCCGAGGCCUAUCUCCCAGACAAAGUAAAAGUGACAGUGAUGAUGAUGACCUGCCAAAUGUGACCUUAGAUAGCGUUAAUGAAACUGGAUCCACGGCCCUUUCCAUAGCCAGAGCAGUCCAAGAGGUCCAUCCAUCCCCAGUUUCCAGGGUCCGGGGAAACCGAAUGAAUAACCAGAAGUUUGCUUGUUCAAUCUCACCAUUUAGUAUCGAGAGCACAAGACGCCAGAGACGAUCAGAAUCCCCGGACUCCAGGAAACGGCGCAUUCACAGAUGUGACUUUGAAGGAUGCAACAAAGUAUACACAAAAAGUUCUCACCUGAAGGCACACCGGAGAACACACACAGGAGAGAAGCCCUACAAAUGCACGUGGGAAGGCUGCACCUGGAAGUUUGCCCGCUCGGAUGAACUGACCAGGCAUUACCGCAAACACACGGGAGUGAAGCCAUUCAAGUGCGCGGACUGUGAUCGCAGCUUCUCGAGGUCAGACCACCUGGCCCUGCACCGGAGGAGGCACAUGCUGGUGUGAGGAAGGCUCCUGUCGUCCAGCUGGGCAUAAGAGCUGGGUCUCUUAACGAGCGACUAACUCAGCAGGGCUGAGCCUCCUCUACAGUGUUAACGUCAACAGCACCACCGUCCCACGGUGCCUGAAACCAGAGCAGGAACAAGAAGGAACCCUUCUCCUUUCAGCCUGAAGGUAACCCCCCCCCAUCAUGAUCACCCCGCGGGAGAGCUGCUGCAAGCACACUGGCCUGGGGGUUCAGCGCCUCAGGUCCUGAAGAGACAGGCAUUAUUUGUCCGUGCUCUGUCCUCUGCCGUUGGAAAGAUGUUUGUAGCUUGUACAUUUCCCGAGCUGGCCGGACACUCGGCUAUCAGUCCCUUAAAGGUCAUCUACCGCAAACCGAUGUUACAGAAGACCUCAGUUCGGAUGAUUCUUCCAUGGCACCUCCCCCACCCCCAAGCCCUUUAGACAGAGAUUUCAGUUCCUUUCUCAGUAAGCCAGAACACACAUCCAGUCUGUUACCAGCAAGCAGCAUGAACUAGAAAGGAAGGGGCUGUUGGGGAAGCUCUGUUACCCCAAAAGAAGGCACACAGAAGUAGCUCUCUAUGCUAAUCAUGGCGGACCUAGAUAGCACUCACACCUUGUCUUCAUGCCAUCUCCCGGAAGAGAACCAAGAGUCUAUUCAUUUGUUUGUCUUUGCUUGUUUUUGUUCUGUUUCGGUCAUGUUUUGUUCAACCGUUCCAGCAGAGGGGCAGAGCAGUUUCUCAAAGGCUAGUCCUGCUCUGCCCUGGCAUGGACGGGCAGAGGUGUUCUGUAGUUGAAUAGGAAGAGCCUGUCUAAAAAAAAAAAAAAAACAAUAACGACAAUAGUCAUAAUAAUAAUGACCGCCCUACUUCAAACUGUAGUGUUCUGUCACCUAGGCAUCAUCUCCCCUGCCUUUUGUGAUUACAAGGAAUCAGGGGGGAGGGGAGCUUCCUUAGACACACCGGCACCAAGGAAAGAGGUGGGGCUGCCCAUGCAAAGUCAGUGAGCAUGAAAAUGAGACAAAGCAGAGGUGGAAAUAACGCUCUCUGGAGGAGAAAAGCAAUAAUGAAUAGAAGGACUUGCCUACAAUCGCUCCACUGAGGACUCACGUUACCAGUUUUCAUACUCACUAAAGGGAUUGUAAAAAACACCCCAGCAUUUCAGAUGUCUUGGCUCCAUUCAGAGGCCCUAGUGACAGCACUGAGGUCAUCUUUCUGCUCUUUGUCGUCCUACUUGCUCGAGUACCACAAGUAAAGAUUAUGCUCCCCGUUUCUCAUUGGGCAACAGUUCUUUGGUGACUAGCUAGGCAGAGCUGAAGGUUAACUCUUCAGUCAGUGGGGCUGUUCAGCUUGGGCAUGAGUCCUUGGAAAGAGGGGCCCGGGGAAGCCCACCUUGGUGCUGCUUCUUCAACCUGGAGAGCCAAGAUUCUGACUCUCCCGUGGAUUCUUCUCUACAUGGUUCACUUUCUAAACUGGCCCGGAAUCCCCAUGUUCCCCACAUUGGCAUCCACAGGGACAGAUAACCUGCUUAUCCUGGGAGAAGGACGAGAAAGUCAGGUUCCAUUGUCCCCCUCAAAUGAAGAGCCUUUUGUAUCUAGCAAAAAAUAUACAGGAAAAGCAAUACAUCCCCAACAAGCACUCUUUCCAAUAUAGUAUCAUAUUUUUGUCCCCACUAAAAGCUGUUGUUUUCCCAGCUUUGUGUGGCAAUUGGGCUUAGUGAGAUUUUUUGUUAAGAUUUUUUUUUUUUAUAGCUUAACUAUAAAAGGUCUCCAGCAAAGACCUUUGCAAUAUAUUUCAGUGACAGAUGCUUGAUUUGGGAAAUUGCACAAAUUAACCACAUAAUAUUCCUAGCUCAUUUUUAAAUGUCUGCACAUUCUAAAAGGAUGUCUGGUGACAGAGUUAUCCUUUACAGUAUCCGUUUCUAAUUUGGGGAAUUGGGUUCUGACAAAGCAAGGACUAUAAACACUACUAGAAGAACGGCUUGGGUUGGAGCGCUUUUAAAGGAAUUUUAAUAAAUGUUCAGGCAAAAGUAUUAUGAUUUACAGAUCAAGUCCUGGCUUCAAAAAUAUGUGCUCUAAUAUUUUUUGCCAGGUCUGAAGAACUCAUCAGGCAAUUUCCCUCUAACAAGGGCUGCAGUUCUGUUGAUAACUAGCUUCAGCUACACGGGCUGGUACCCACCAGCCAGUGGGAUUUUUUUUCAACCAACUGGAACAUUUUUUUUUAAAUCUGUACUGUAUGCACUUCCUACUUCUCAUUGCCUGUUAUCAUUCAGAAUAAAAACAGGCUUCCUGAUGCAUGCCAGCAUUAGUAACUGGCCAGUGCAAAGAACUCAGACAGUAGCAAGCAACCAUGAUCUCCCCAGGCGCUGGCCCCAAAGUCUAGUUGGCAGGUAUAGGGGAGUCACUCAAGUGAAGGAUAGAUUUGGCUUCGUUCUGUCUGCUCUCAUCAGAGCCAAUCCUUUUCCCACUGAGAGACAUCUUGCAAGUUUUACAGGUAGAAUUCAUUGAACUGACAGGCAGAGGAAGCUUCCUGAGUGACAUCUUGAUUUAAAUUUAGCACAGAACGAAAAGGAGUUGCACCUAACCGCUUAGGGAAGACUUGGGGAAGCAAGCUUCCCCGACUCACUCCCCAGCAGUGGGAAGCAGACUGAGAUGGUAAGAUCACUGAUGAAAUCUGCCAUCGUUCCAGCAUCCCCCUCCUUUUGACACAGUGAUGUUUUUAGAAAGGAUGUAAGCACAAGUGAACAUGUCUCUGAUGUGGCCCAAGAACUAAAACUCACUUGGAACUCAUCUAGGGGAUGUAAGCAGUACUCCUUGGCAGGUGGGUUUGGGACUGAAGGAAAUAUGAUAUCCUUAGGCACAGAGACGCCUCCAGUCAUUUUAUGUGCAUAUCUAGCUUCUUGAAAAGCACAGUCUAUGAGAAGCUAUCGAAAAAGAGAAAGAAUCUUGAAGGACUUCUUGGUGUUCCCUAAGCAGAGCAAGUUUGGGCUUCAAAUUUGAAGCGGUUCAGCUUGCAGCUAGGGAGCUCAUGUGUGGUUGGUAAGACCUGGUGACAAGCAGGAAGAAGUGAUUGUCUCCCUGCCCUGUGAAGACUAAUGACAAGGGAGUUGAGUUACUUGAGGGUUUACAGAGAGUCCCUUAUAUUUCAACCUCAAGUUGUUUGGAGAGAAACUUCCCAUUCAGCUCCAGCCUCCUGCUGUCGAUUGCUUUGGACACUGCUUGAUUUUAAGUUCUGUUAUGGCAUUGAGAAAGAGGUUCCUGAUGGCUUUACCAUGGAAAGUACACUACUGCCUUUACAAAAUGCGUACGCCUUUUGUUUUCAAAAAGUUGAGGGUCAGUUACAUGAGUAAAAUGAGCACUUUUAAAUAUCACUUUAAAGUUUAAAUGGGAUAGAGGAAGAUGAGUUAGGGGCGGGGUCUUUCAAAACGCUUCACUGUUUACAAACGAAAGUUCUAGGUGAUUAGAAAAGCUAUGUUCGUCAUGAGGGAAAUUUGGAAUAGCUCAUGCAAAGACUGUAUUCAUGUUUAUACGAAUUGUUUAACUCCAAAUUGCCAAUUGUUUCUGAAUGGAAAUGUAAGUCUGCACUUUGAGAUCAGCUCAUUAGAAUGAUAACAUGUAUAUGGAUAAGAGAUGCAGUAUUCCUUAGUCUGUACUUUGUUUAUUAUAUGUACCAAAGCUGCAAUUGAAUAAAUCAGGUGAGGUGAGGCCUUCGGUAGUAUUAAUAUGCCUUUGUUUUCUUCUUGUAACUGCCUAGAAAAGUAGCUGAGGGGUUAAUCAAGGCUGUCUAUCACUUUUAUAUUGAGAAGUCAUAGAACUUACUGAAGCAGUGGCAAUACCAGCACCCAUGCAGUCUGCCUAGAAAGCAUCGAAUGUGAACUGAUGUUGAUGAACCACCAUAGGCCCAGGAAGCCUUAAUACUCAUAGUUCGUACCCUACUCUCAUUAAGUUUGUCCCAUAAAUAAAUGCCAUCAGCCAAAUCUCUUCCUUGACUUGUUCUGAGGUUGGAUUCCCUGCAGAAGGAACCGGUCUUGGUUUAGUCUCGGGAAGAGAUUUGACCGGUCAUGUCUUCCAUAUUACAUUUCUCCUUGCUCCCACACUGCCUUUCACUUACCUGGAGAGACACCCCCAACACAUGCACCUGUGUGCACACACUGGCACAUGCAGCAGCCGCCAGGCGACUAAAUAUCAACAAAGAACUUUUGUAAAAGAAAUACUUUGUGAUAAUCCAUACUAUGUAGAAAUGUAAGUUAUUACCUGACUAGAGAAUCAGCUUAUCUUACUAUGUAACUUUGCCUGCAUUUUAUAGUUAAGAAAUGUAUAUACAAAUUCAAAAUGCUAUAUUUUCACAAUUUCAUUAUAGAGUAAUGUCUGUUUAGCAAACCAUGCCCAUUGGUAUUUUAAAUAUGCUAAAUACUGAGCAAUUGCAAUAGAAAUUCAGAUUUUUCAUAAGAAAAUAAAAUGGAAGGGUACUGCAUCUUUAAAAAAAAUAGAGUGAAGCUAUUUUACUGUAUUCGUAACAUAUGUGAUAGUGGACAAAGUAUUUUCAAACACGCCAAUUUUACAGAGGUUGUAAAUAGUUUGAUGACAUAUGUUGGGGGAAAGCUUCUAGUUUUCAUCACAAUAAAAAAAAUAACACUUA